GUAUGAUCCCGGAAUUAUCGACUUUCUUUAUGACGAGGUACCACUCUAAGAAAGCUUUGAGGGGACACUCGAUUCUCAGUUUGACUAGAGAGGGGUGAGGACGUGCAAGUCGGUGAGGUAGCAUGUGGUUCCCACGUAGCUGUAAUGGGGCUCGUUCGUCAUGUGUCCAGUGUAAGUGAGGAGUGAGGGGCAUCAGAGUAUCCCAGGGAGCGGGGAGAAUCACUGGACGAGUACUCCCGAAGAUUCCUGGAACCGGUCCUGGAGGAACUGGUGUGCGUAUUGCUCUUUUGCUUGCCGGUCUUCAGCGAAAAUGUCUCCUCAACCCAAAAGAGGAUCCUCAACGUCGCUGGCGCAAGCAUAUGAUACCUCCAGGCUAAAUACCCCUCUCUUCCUACGUACGUCCGGUAGUCGCUGUUGCGGGACGCUAUGCUCGAUCGCUUCUCAUGUCACACUGCGCCUCACUAAACACCCCGAUCAGUCUGGCCCGCGCCUACAUCAGUGGCAGGGAAAAAGUAUUCGAGGGAGGCGGAACGUCUCGGAUGCGUCGGACAGGUUGACACCGCGUACCUUGAAGACGACGUUGUACGAGUCGACGAAGUAGGUUUCGUAGGCGCCUUGGAUG